AUGGCUGCACGCUCACGUCUUAGAUUCAGCUCUCAGCCUGCCCGCACGCUGCCUCUGCCACCCACGCUCCACGCCGCCCAGGCCGCCCACACCACCCACACCCCAGGCCGCCCAGGCCGCCCACGCCCAAAGCCGCCCUCACCACCCACACCCCAGGCCGCCCACACCCCAGGCCGUCCACGCCCCAAGCCGCCCUCACCACCGACACCCCAGGCCGCCCAGGCCGCCCACACCCCAGGCCGUCCACGCCCCAAGCCGCCCUCACACCCGACACCCCAGGCCGCCCAGGCCGCCCACACCCCAGGCCGUCCACGCCCCAAGCCGCCCUCACCACCGACACCCCAGGCCGCCCAGGCCGCCCACACCCCAGGCCGUCCACGCCCCAAGCCGCCCUCACCACCGACACCCCAGGCCGCCCAGGCCGCCCACACCCCAGGCCGUCCACGCCCCAAGCCGCCCUCACCACCGACACCCCAGGCCGCCCAGGCCGCCCACACCCCAGGCCGUCCACGCCCCAAGCCGCCCUCACCACCGACACCCCAGGCCGCCCAGGCCGCCCACACCCCAGGCCGUCCACGCCCCAAGCCGCCCUCACCACCGACACCCCAGGCCGCCCAGGCCGCCCACGCCCCAGGCCGCCCUCACCGCCUACAAACGCCACCAAACCCUCGACUUGCUCGCCCGUAA